AGAGACAAUUGUCUAUUUGAUUAUCAUCAUCAAGUUAGUUCACUAUCGGGUGUAUACAACUACCUCAUCUCUCUAUAAAGAAGAUAUUACCUCACACACAUACACACACACAAGUCGGAGAUCGACUUGAAACAACCGGCACACAUGGCAUCCCGGACGGCACAAACCGCAGCAAAGUCUGCGAAACGACAGAAUGAGUUUGGAGCUGAUCUCUGGGUGAAGGAUCAGUCCAAGACCUAUAGACAUCCCACAGGUGGUCGUGGCAUGUUCGCGGGUCUUCAGGACGCGAAACACUACAAUGUCGAGGGUGGAUGGGCGAAACGAGCCCCGGAUGAGAGGCCGGGUUUCUUCUCAUGGCUUUAUAAUAGGAUUCGUCUACAUCAGCGUCGUCCCCCCUGGCUGACCCGACCAGCCCCAGACGACCUACGACUCUUGGAAUGGAUAUUUGAUGGGCUGAUUUGGAAAUAUGCAUUGCAUUGCUUCUCUGAGUUUGCUUUUGCGUUUUAAUCUGGUCUUGUCUUUAGCGGCGUCGUUUGCAUUCGCGUGGCUGUGGUUAUUUGUAGAUGAUUAUUUAUUGUUUGAUGAACUUGUUCUGGUUAUGUGGAGUAUAUGAUGGAAUACAAGAUAAAUAUAGUAU